UGCACCGCUCAGUGCUCGUGACAGCCGGUGAGAAACAAAACAGCGCCCAAUGAAAUCUUGUCACUGCGAAUAAACAAUUUGUUAAACAGGAAAAUGGCGUUGCGAGCUUGCGGCUUCAUCGUGUUUCGACGUUUAGCCAGCUGCAUUCCUCCAGCAGGCAAUAUCGAGUAUCUUCUUUUGCAGACUUCUUAUGGGGAGCACCACUGGACCCCACCCAAAGGUCACGUGGACCCGGGUGAGGACGACCUCACCACAGCUCUGAGGGAGACCAAGGAGGAGGCGGGUCUGGGCACCGAGCAUCUCCGGGUAAUAGACGGUUUCCUUCAGGAGCUGCGGUACGAGGUGCGAGGCAAACCCAAAGAGGUGCUGUACUGGCUGGCCGAGCUGAGGGACCCGGGGACGGCCGUGACUCUGUCUGAUGAGCACCAGGACUACCGCUGGGCCCGGCUGGAGGAGGCCUGCACUCUGGCUGGGUACAAAGACCUGCAGGACACACUGAGAGCAGCACAAAGACACUUGGAGGCUCAGCAGGACAAACAGUGAUGCAGCUGAAUGUAGACUAUACACAGGGGAGGAAUAAUGAAGGGAAAAAAAAAACUGCCAGCUCACAUGUGGGACUUUACUCUCUUGUGGCAGGGCAUCCAUAAUUCUGACUUUUUCUGUUUAUUCUGUUUGUCAUUGUUUAGGUGAUUUGUCUCUGCAGUGCAAUCUUAUCUAAGUAAUAGAUUUCCUUCUGUCUAGACGAGCAGGGAGGAAAUGAAUCAACAGUUGAACACCGGCUUACUGAUUUCAUCUGAGUUACUGCAUAAAAACAUGAUUAUCUGUUUCCCUCGAUUAGUCAUGCAUAAUGUGAUUAAACACACAAAUGGAUGUAAAUAAGAUUAAAUCCACACCCGAAGCGCAAAACGGAGUGUAGAACAACAAAAUCGAGGAGUUCCACUACAAGUAAAGCACUAAAAAGGAUAUGUUUUAUGAAGUAAUACUGUUCAAGUAAUCUGUCAGUACUUUGAAUUUGCCAAAAAUAAAUACAAGAAAUGUCCUACA